AUGUACGUACGUGUUUGUUAGUGUGUGUGGUGAUUCCCUCCUGGCACUGAAUGUCACUAAAUGCGCCCGCCCGCCCCCACAACAGGCAGCUUCUUUAUCGCGAGUGAUAGAAAGAGAGAAAGAGUGCACGAGAGGAGGAGUGUGUAAGUGAGUGAGAGUGGUUUCGUCGCGCUCUGUGUCUAUGAGUGUGAGUGUGGCUGUGGUGCGUGUAGAUCUGUCGCGUCCCCCUUCCCCACCCCCCAACAAUCAUUCAACAAACAAUUUUCAUUCAUUGCUCCCCCGCUCGGUCCAAGCGGCGAUUCUGCUUUGCCUCUUCUCUGAUCUGCUCUGAUCUUCUCUGCUCUGCUCUGCUCUGUCCCCAAAGCCACGCACAAACCGACAUCAGAUAAGAGGAGAGAGAGAGAGAGGAAGAGAGGAAGAGAGCAAAAGAGAGCCACGCGGCGUGUGAACAAAAAGUGCUCUCGUCUCCGGCGACCAUAGAACAGUGGGUUGCAUAGAUAGUGCCCGGGCCACGCCCCCCUAUGACGCCUCUUAGGCGUUAUCAGCGCACACAUAAAGACCUGACCAAAAUCCACACAAAAUGGCGAUGAACCCGAGUGCCAGAGAAACACCGCAGGCCUGAAACACUGAAACUGCCGUCGGUUCGGCUCCCACAAACCACCAUCACCCCCACACCCGGGUGUCCGCCCCGGGAGGAGCGAUAAGCAAUCGAAAAGUUUGGAGCCCAUAGCUCGCAUCGAACCCGAAACAAGCGCCUAAGAUGUGUUCCCGCAACAUAAAGAUCUCGGUGGUGCUGUUUCUCGUCUUGAUACCAAUCUUCACAGCCUUGCCACACAACCACAAUCUGUCGAAGCGCAGCAACUUCUUCGAUCUGGAGUGCAAGGGGAUCUUCAACAAGACCAUGUUCUUUCGACUGGAUCGCAUCUGCGAGGACUGCUAUCAGCUGUUCCGCGAGACGAGUAUACAUCGGUUAUGCAAGAAAGACUGCUUUGAUUCAAAAUGGUUUGGCGAGUGCCUGAAAGUGCUGCUCAUACCAGAAGAAGAGGUAUCGAACUUGCAGCACUUUCUGAGGGUAGUGAACGGUUCGCCCAUAUCCUUCAACAUGACGCCGGGCCAAACAUAACUCUAAGAUCCUGAACACCCCCACAGAGAUCAAGAGCCCGAACAAAAACAAACAAAUUUAAUAAUUUAAAACGCCCAAAUUUAAUUCGUACUUAUUUAUUACUGUAGGCCUUACAGUUUAUACUAUAUGUGUUUUUUUAAAAACGAAUUACUUUUAUUAAUUUAUUGAGAACGUUAUGCGUUUGUUGUAAGUACCAUAAAUCGUAGGGAAACCACCGCAUGGAGAUGGAGAGAUGUAGAGAUGUAGAGAAAGUAACGAUAGAGAAAGAGAGAAGGAGUGGGUGGGUGGGUGGAAGAGACUCUACCGCCUGGAAUCGAAGUAUUUAUCUAUAAGUAUUCCUAGCUUGUUUUAUUAUUAUUAUUAUAAUUAAUAUUAUUGCGUUAUGCGUUCUGUAUAUACAAUAAACAAAAGAUAUCCAUUGUUUUA